AUGCGUACCGGUAACAUCCGGCAGCCCAAAGUAGCCGAUACCAAUGCCCCAGCACGACGACCUGGGCGUCCUCGCAUGAAGGAUAGUCUGCCUAUAGAUCCAAAUGAUAACUCGCCUCGCUCUCGCAUGCGGCUCGCCCAGAGAUCGUAUCGUAACCGCAAAGCAAAUGAACUCACAGCCGCAAAAGCUAGGGCAGACUCCCUGGAAAAGGCUCUUAACAGAACUCUCGAUGAAUUCAUCAAGCUUCACCAGAUGUUGCUGGGCAAGCAGGACUACAUGCCGGCAGACUUCCUGAUGCAGCUCCAUGGAACAGCCACGAACAUCAUCUCUAUUGCAAAGAAUGCUCUGGCUGAUAAUUCUCCAGAACAUGAGUGUCAGGCUGGCGAAGUUCUCAUGUCAACGGAUAGCGACGAAGACGAAGACGAUGCCAUCGAAAUUUCCGCGCCUAUGAACUCUGGCAAUUUUUAUCCACAGCCUCCGUCAAUCUCUCAACGGAUCCUUCGCGCGUGCCUCGACAUCGCUGCAGAUAGACUCAAGCUGCCGAGAGUACCUUUUAUGCGCAUCCUCCCAGUCCUGCUUCUGCCGCUCCAGUUUGAAAGUGAAGACAACAUUCUCAGACGAGCUAUGAAAUAUCUCUCCCUUAGCGGCGAGGAAGCCCACCUGGAACAAGAGCGUUACUCUGUCAAGGCAGGGUACCUGCCCAAGAUGAUGCGUCUCAUUGAAGGGCAAACGCAUACUCUAGUACCGCGAAAGCCACAACCUGAUAUGCAGCGUUUGCAAUUUGGAUGCACGCGGACGGUGAUCUCUACAGCGGUACCGGAUCUCCAGGGAGAGUGGCUCGAACCCUUGGACGUAGAAGAGUAUCUCGAACAGCGAGGGAUAUUUGUUCGAGAGGAGGCGCCAGAUGAUGAUUUACUGAAUCUGGCCAUCCCCGCUGGCAGCAAACUAUCUGCAACGAUGACCAAUGUGAAUGAGACAGAUGCCCAGCAGCCAGACGUGCAAAAUCAGACUUAUACCAAAGACGUACCAUCGAAUCCUGAUGAGCUCGGCAUUGGCCAUGAUUACGAUAUAUUCAACCACCAGCGCGAUUCAGCAACAGCGUUUGCAAACUCCCUUUGGGAUAUCGAUGGAACAAGCAUAUCGCCGGAAAACAUACCAAUGUGCAAUUCUGAGCAGAUUAACAUCACAAUAAACCUCGAUACCUUGGUCCAUAAGCUCGUGUCCAAGGCCGUGUGCUUGGGAGCCUGCCCCGGAAUACGAAGAGCGCAUGUCGAUGAGGCGAUUCGAGGGUCAGUGGUGUGGAUGCAAGAGACAUAUAAAUGA